AGGGAGAUUCCUGUGGGUCUCAGCCCAGCAGCUCAUUUCACGCAUCAGCUCCCCAGGCUCAGCUUCCGCCUGCCCCUGGCUUCCCCUUCUGCCCCUGCCCAGUGCCAGUCAGGGUCUGGGGAAUGCGCCUGUCUUGGUCCAACUUCUCCUGUGCAGAGAUGGUCCUGAUGCUGCUCUUUGCCGUGCUGAGGGGCGCGUCUCCAGUUCCGAACCCAGAAUUCUUGCUGAACGUGCAGAGGAUGGUGACAGUGCAGGAGGGCCUGUGUGUGCUCGUGCCCUGCAACCUCUCCUACCCACGCAUAAACUGGACUGAAGAUACCCCAGCUUACGGCUACUGGUUCCAAAUGGGGUUCCAGCUGACCACUAGUCUUCCAGUGGCCACAAACAACCAGUCUCAAAAGGUGCAAAAGAAAACCCAGGGCCGAUUCCAACUCGUGGGCAGUCCCCAGGACAAGAGCUGCUCCCUGCUGAUCAGAGACGCACAGAAGGAAGACAUGGCAGAGUAUUUCUUUCGGAUCGAGAGAGGCUCUUACGCGCGAUAUAAUUUCAAACAACAUACGUUCUCUCUGAGAGUCACAGCCCUGACACGGAAGCCAGACGUCUACAUCCCAGAGAUGCUGGAGCCUGGGCAUCAGGUAACAGUCAUCUGUGUGUUUGACUCAGACUUUGAGCAAUGUCCAGCCCCUACUUUCUCCUGGAUGGGGGCUGCCCUCUCCUCCCAAGAAACCAGAUCGACAGGGUCCCAUGUCUCCAUGCUCACCCUCAUGCCAAGACACCAGGACCACGGCACCAACCUCACCUGUCGAGUGGACUUCUCCAAGAAGGGUGUGAGCACCGAAAACACCGUCCGCCUUAAUGUGGCCUAUCCUCCCAAAGCCCUGUUUAUCAGCACUUCCCCAGCCAAAGGAUCAGCCCUGGAGCCCCAGGAAGACAGCCUAUAUCUGCAAGCCCAGGAAGGCCAGUUCCUGCGGCUGCGCUGUGCUGCUGACAGCAGGCCCCCUGCCACCCUGAGCUGGGCCCUGGAGGACAGAGUCCUGUCUUGGUCCCGCUCCUCAGGGUCCAGAGGCCUGGAGCUGGAGCUGCCCAGGGUGAAGCCUGCGGACGCGGGGCACUACACCUGCAGAGCCGAGAACAGGCUUGGCUUCCAAAGCCGCACCCUGAACCUCUCUGUGCAGUAUGCCCCAGAGAACCUGAGAGUGAUGGUCUCCCAAGCCAACAGGACAGUCCUGGAAAACCUCAGGAAUGGCACAUCCCUCCCUGUCCUGGAGGGCCAAAGCCUGCGUCUGCUCUGUGUCACUCACAGCAAUCCCCCAGCCUUGCUGAGCUGGGCCCGGGGGGGACAGACUCUCCACCCUUCCCAGCCCUCAGACCCUGGGGUCCUGGAGCUGCCUCAGAUACAAAUGGAGCACGAAGGAGAAUUCACCUGCCAUGCUCAGAACCUGCUGGGCUCCCAGUAUGUCUCUCUGAGCCUCUCUGUGCACUACCCCCCACAGCUGCUGGGACACUCCUGCUCCUGGGAGGAGGAGGGUCUGCACUGCAGCUGCUCCUCCCGAGCCCAGCCGGCCCCCUCCGUGAGCUGGUGGUUGGGGGAGGGGCCGCUGGAAGGGAACCUCAGCAAUGCCUCCUUCAAGGUCACCUCCAGUUCAGUGGGGCCCUGGGCCAACAGCUCCCUGAGCCUCGGCGAGGCGCUCAGCUCCAGCCUCAGCUCCAGCCUCAGACUCAGCUGCAAGGUUGGGAACGUCCAUGGGACCCAGAGUGUCACUGUCCUGCUGCUUCCAGAUAAAAAGGGACUCAUCUCAGAAGGAUUCUCCAACGGAGUAGUUCUGGGCAUUGGCGUCACCACCCUCCUCUUCUUCCUCUGCCUCUGCCUCAUCCGAGUCCUCCUGAAGACUCUGAGGAAGAAACAGACCCAGGCGGAGACUCCGACCCAGGAGGAGACUUGGAGGCCCAGGAUCACAAGGAGGAGCACGAUCCUGGAUUACGUCAACGUGGUCCCUAACAUCGGUGCCCUGGCGCGGAAUCGGAAGGCCCAACCGAGCAGUCCUUCCCGGACCCCUCCUGCAGAUGCUGACUCUCCACAGUCUAAGAACAGCCAGGAGCUACGCUGUGUUUCCCACUGUGGUCCAGGACCCAAAGCAUCCCGACAAGCCCCAGAAUCAGGGGACAAUGAGGAGGAGCUCCAUUAUGCAGCCCUCAACUUUCCAGGCCACAGACCACAGGUGACCCAGGAGUCCAAGGACACUGGCUCAGAAUACGCAGAAAUCAGAUUCCACUGAGGGUCCACAGGCUGUGGGACAGGGAUCCAGGCUAGGGAGGAAGGCAGGGCCAUUGAGAAGACGAGGAAGAGGGCAAAGUCACUCUCUCUCUCUUUUUUUUUACUCCUCAAAGCAUGGGUCAUCCCAUCCCACACCUGGCAUUCGAACUGCUUGACAAAUCUCCAGAGUGACCUCUGAAUACACAAGGAUAAGCUUUCCCUUUGAUAUACCCAGCACCUCCCUAGCUGAUAACUCAGUCUCAUGUUUCUCAACAGCGGGAGGGUCUUUAAAGACGGUUCAACACCAUUUGUGUGAGGUCAGCAAGCUAACCUGUCAGGUCAAACCUGGCCCUACGCCUAUUUUCAUUCCACAUGUCAGCCAAGAAUUGUUUUUUUUUUUUUUUUUUUUGUUUUUUUUUUUACAUU